UUGGUUGUAGACAGAAACACAAUUAUUUGGUUUUGCAUUUCUCCUUGUAGCCCAACUAACACCACUCCGUACAACCUUAAACAAUGUUUCUAUAUUACUAUUUUGCUGUCUAAAACUCAAAGGCAUGAAUAAAGUUGCGAUCUUUUUUUUUCUUUUUUUUUUUUCAGUAACCCUGAUAUGGAAUGAAAGAAUCCAUUUUGCAAGGUUCUAAGAUUCUCAGAGGAAAUUUUGUCCCCACUGUGCUUUCUCUUCAUUACUCCCCUUUUUCGGUUUUUGGUCUCUUGUUGUUUGGAUUCUGAGAAAAAACCCCGAAAGGAAAAUCAUCAGCAAAAGAAAAAGCACAAAACACACCCUCUCUCUCUUCCUUCCCCACCCCACCACUUUGGUCACUUCAUUUUCUGAGUUUGUUGUUGUUUCCAAGAGGCCAAACACUUCCUUUUGGACCUCUACGUGAAAGUUCUAUCAUAAUAAUAUCUGGGUCUAAGAGGAUUCUGCUGCUUCUUCUUCUUUGUUUGGUGAUGGUGCUUGGUUAGACACCCUUCGUGUGCUUGUGUUUGUUUUGUGUAUUAUCGCUCAGUUCAAUUCAGCAAUGGAGGACUCAGCCAUGUUGCGUCUGGUGAGGUGCCCCAAGUGUCAAAAUGUCCUUCCUGAACUUGCCAAUUACACUGUUUAUCAAUGUGGUGGUUGUGAUACUGUUCUUCGAGGAAAGCUUAAAGGUUCCGAAGGUGGUAGGUUGUGGGAGGCUACGGAUGAGGGACAAGGUGGAGGAGCACAUGGUAAACCAGUAAGUUUCUUGGGGAAAGGGGUAGUUGAUCUGGGUGAUAAUUCAGAUGUUGAUGUUAGGUCCAAUGGUGGUUUCUCCAAGCAGGAUCAAAGAAGGGAUUUGGGGAAACCAAAUAAAGGAAAUGAGAGGUUUUUGGAUGAUUCCAAAGAUGGGGAUGAGAAAGGGAUUUUGGAGAAUGGUUUUGAUGUCAAUAAGGACAAAAGGGGUAAAUCAAUAGGAAGGGAGCAUCAUGAGCAGAAGCCUCAAAUGGGACGGGACCAAUUCUAUGGGAGAAUGUCUAAUUGGCCAAAUGGGGAGAGAGGUGAGAUGGAGGGGUUUUGGAGAAAGCCACAAGCUGAUAUAGAGGGUGUUAGAUUUCCCACUUUGAAUUAUCCUGAAGAGGGAUCUUCAAAUAGCUAUUCAAGUUUUCCUUAUGGGGAACAAUGGAGGAAUUGUAAGGACAUGGAUGGUAUGAAUAGGGUUCAGCACCUUGAGCAAGACCGAGCUGAGAUAUUAAGGAAGCUGGAUGAGUUAUCAAACCAGCUGAGCAAGUCUUCUGAGUUGGCUAAUAAUCCAAAAGAAAAGGUUCUUCCUGAGGGUAAGAUGGUUCCUCCAGAUCCUUAUAAUGGCCAUGAAACUUGGCUUCCAGAUGGAUCAUCUACGGUGAACAGGACCUCGAGACAAUUCUUUGGCCCUGAUAAACGCUUGGCAGGCCCCCCUUAUUUCAAUUAUCAUCAUGAUCCAUAUGCUUAUUCAAGUGGUCAUGAAAUGGCCAUGCCCAACUUCCACCCUUCCAUGCACAAUCCAAACUAUGUUCCUGGAUAUGGGGAUCCUUUUGUACCUCAAAUGAUGAAAGGUUCACACCCUUUACCUCAUCAAUUCCCUCAAAAACCAAUGCAUCCUUACUUUCCCGGGCACUAUGUUGAUACUGGUCCUGAAUCAUAUGAUCCAUAUGCACUUAAUGCUAUGCUUCACCCACCUUCUUGCUCUUGUUUUCGUUGCUAUGACAACAAAAGAAGAGGUUCUGUGCCUGCACCACCUGCUGCAUUCAUUAACAGCAGAUUCCCUCAUACCCCUGCCCCAAAUGAUCCUAUGUUGUACCGUCAUGAUAUCCCAGGAGCAGUUGGUCCGCAUGUUCAUAAUUCUAGAACUGCCAUUCCUGAUGUGAGUUUGCAUGAAAAUAAAAUGCAUACAAGAUGGCAUAGAGACUACAAGUCUGAGAUGAAUGGUUUUGUUCGAAGCCAUCCUCGAAAAGUAGUGCCUGCUAAUGGUAGUAGGCAUUGCCUUCCUAUAGCUGGUGGUUCUCCUUUCUUCACAUGUCAUAAUUGCUUUGAGUUGCUGCAACUGCCUAAAAAGACACUGGUCAUGGAGAAAAAUCAUAAGCAAAAAAUGCGAUGUGGGGUUUGUUCUUCAGAAAUAAAAUUUUCUGUCAUCAAUAAGAAGCUAGUUAUUUGUCUUCAUUCAGAAACGGAGGAUAGUGCCACUUCCACGAGGAUUGAUGAUACUGCUAAUGAGGUUGUGAAUAGUCAUUUGUCCCAUUCCCGUGGUGAUGCUAACACCAGUGCUGUGAACUUCUCAUCUGAUGAUUAUUCUGGUUAUGAUUUUCACUCAGUUGAUAGAGAAUCUCCUGUGCUGGCUGGUGAACCAAGCUUGAACUCUAGCAAGUCUAGGGAGAUGCAAAGUUUUCAUUCUUCAUCAUCUCCCAGUACCUCUGAUGAUGAAAAUAGUCCAGAAGUUAUGAAUGCACCAAGUGAAGCUACUAAUAAGUCCAUUCAUCAGCCAUCUAAAUCCUCUGAUCAAUCUCCUCCACCUUCUGGCUCGUGCAAUAACAAUGCUGUAAGUCGAUUAGGGAAAGGUAAUCAAAGUAAUCGCUCAGAUCAAGGGAAGGAAAAUAUUGAAAAGAAUGCCUCAAGGAAAAAUUCAUUGAAAGAGGUAGUGCUUGCAUCUGAGAUGGAUGUCCAUGAUUAUUCUAACACUGGGGUCUCCCAGGAUUCUGGUGAUGCAAGUGGAGAACACGAUCAUCCAAGGUCUAACAAAAGGGGUGAAUCAUUUUUAGCAAACAUUAUCAAGAGAGAUAGCAGCAAAAGUAAUGUUACUGUAAAUGGACAACCCAUACCAGAUCGUGUGAUUAAAAAGGCUGAAAAGCUAGCUGGACCAAUCCAACCAGGAAAUUACUGGUAUGAUUUCCGGGCUGGAUUUUGGGGUGUCAUGGAUGGGCCAUGUCUUGGAAUAAUUAUGCCAUUCAUAGAAGAGUUCCAGCAUCCCAUGCCAGAUAAAUGUGCUGGUGGAAAUACUGGUGUUUUUGUAAAUGGCAGGGAACUUCACCAAAAAGACUUAGAUUUGCUUUCUCGUAGAGGACUUCCUCGUGACAGCAAUAGAUCUUAUAUCAUCGAAAUUUCUGGGAGAAUCCUGGAUGAAGACACAGGAGAAGAGCUAGACAGCCUUGGGAAACUUGCACCAACAGUGGAGAAAGAAAGGCGUGGAUUUGGCAUGAAAGUACCAAGAGCAGCUGCAUAAUAGAAGUGUAGCAAUAUAAUUUCUGCUGAGAUUUGAGAUUUUUUUUUUUCAGAGCACAAAAAAAC